UUCCAACGACCCUCGCAAUUCCCCCGCCUUGCGAUGAUUAAGUAAAACGGAUCUCCGCAACCAACAACGUCACCUGCCCCGUUCCUGCAUUCCUCCGCACUUCCAGCCUUCUCUUCCUUCUCCUCUUCUUCGCCCUCUUCCCCCCAUUCCUCAUCGAAUCCAUUUCUUUCGCCAUCCCCUUUAAUUUCCCCUCUGUUUGUUGAUUCUACCGUCGGGUAUACACUUUACAGGCAGACCCGUUUUAAUCCACCACCCCGUACCCACCGCGCAACCAUGGGUGGAGACGUGCCCCGACAAGCUCCAAGCUCCCUUCCCCGGACUCCGGCUGGCCCCGUUGGCCAGCGGAUCAAGAGCAUCUACACCGAUCGGUUGAAACAGUUCACCGCAACUGGCCAGUACGAGGGCCAGAACUUGCUCUCGAAGCUUCACGAGGCCACCAACUCCGACGAAGAUCACGUCAAGCUCGAAGUCUACUCCGUCCCCGACCUGCAGCGCCCCCCAUUCGAGGAGGCUACUUCCCAUGAAUUCAAGCCCACGCGUAUUGGCGCAUCCUUUGGCCCCAGUUGGUCCACGCAUUGGUUUCGCAUCCGUCUAAGCGUACCCGAGGACUUGCGCCAGAAGGAGCGGCUCGAGUUCCAUUGGGAUGCCAACAAUGAGGGCUUAGUGUGGACGGAGGACGGCCACCCAUUGCAGGGUCUUACGGGCGGAGGUGAGCGGAUCGAGUGGGUAAUCCCUGACGCCUGGCGCGAUGGAAAGGAGCAUCUGUUCUACAUUGAGAUGGCCUGCAAUGGCAUGUUUGGCAAUGCCCCUGGGGGCGAUUCGAUCCAGCCCCCGUCCCCGGAUAAGUACUACACUCUUCAUACAGCACGCAUCACUGCUGUCAAUGUCGAAGCCCGGGCACUAUUCUAUGAUUUCUGGAUUAUUGGCGAUGCCGCUAGAGAGUUCCCCGGUGAUGGUUGGGAAUCUCACGAGGCGAAUAUGGUCGGCAAUGCCAUUAUCGAUGCGUUCAUUGCCGGAAAUGGAAGCAAUGAAGCGAUCAAAGCGGGCCGCAAGAUUGCUCAGAAGUAUCUCGGCGAUAAAGUCGAUUCGUCUGAUGUAUACAGCACGGAUACACAGCCGAUAGUCUACGGUAUUGGCCACUGCCACAUCGAUACCUGCUGGUUAUGGCCAUGGGCCGAGACCAAGCGCAAGGUGGCCCGAUCCUGGUCGAAUCAAUGCGACCUGAUGGACCGAUACCCCGAGCACCGUUUCACUUGUUCGCAGGCACAGCAAUUCAAAUGGCUGAAGCAAUACUAUCCUACCGUCUUCGACCGCGUGAAAAGCUGGGUAAAGAAAGGACACUUCCAACCCGUCGGUGGGAGUUGGGUCGAGCAUGACACCAACCUUCCCAGCGGCGAAUCGUUGGUCAGGCAGUUUCUCUACGGACAGCGAUUCUUUGAAAGCCACUUCGGAGAGCGUUCCACGACUUUCUGGCUUCCAGAUACAUUUGGCUAUUCCAGCCAAAUCCCUCAGAUUUGUCGCCUGGCGGGAAUGAGUCGCUUCUUCACACAGAAGCUCAGCUGGAACAACAUCAAUAACUUUCCCCACACGACAUUCAAGUGGGUUUCCCUGGAUGGUAGCCAAGUCAUGUGCCAUAUGAGCCCUUCGGAGACCUACACCGCCAGUGCUCACUUCGGUGAUGUCAAGCGUAGCGUGACCCAACACAAGUCGAUGGAUCAGGACAACACCUCGCUCCUGGUGUUCGGCAAGGGAGAUGGUGGUGGAGGGCCUACUUUUGAGCAUCUCGAAAAGCUCCGCCGUUGCCGCGGUCUGAGUGACAAGGUGGGCCUCCUCCCACGUGUGAAGAUGGGAGAGUCCGUGGACGAUUUCUUCGAGAAAUUGGAAAAGAAAGCAACGAGCGGCACUGAAUUCACUACGUGGUAUGGCGAGCUCUACUUUGAGCUCCACCGCGGUACAUACACCACACAGGCAAACAACAAGCGCAACAAUCGCAAGUCUGAGUUCUUGCUGCGUGAGCUUGAAUACCUGGCCACUCUUGCGUCCCUGGCCGCUACCAAAAAUCACUACGAAUAUCCCAAGAAAGACAUCGACGAUAUGUGGGAGGGAACCCUUCUGGGCCAGUUCCAUGAUUGCCUUCCUGGCAGCUCCAUCGAGAUGUGCUAUGAUGAUUCCGAUAAGCUUUAUGCAGAGAUCUUCAAGAUAGGAGAGAAAGCUAGGCGACAGGCCCUCGAGGCUCUUGGGUAUGGUCGUACAGGCAGUGGCCAGACUCUCCAAGCUAUUAAUACCCUACCUUGGCGCCGUUCCGAGGUAGUCCGGAUCCCCGAGGAAUUCACAGCCUCGACGGGUUCAAAAUUUGCCCUGGUCACCGGUGAUACUGGAUAUAUCGAGUAUAAUCCUGCCACCACGCGUCCGGCUUCUACUGUGACGGUGUCGGAGAUUAGCCCCGGCACGUUCCGUCUUCAGAAUUCCAAACUGAAGGUUGACAUUCAGAACGGUGUAAUCAUAUCACUGUACGACGUCGACGAGGAUCGUGAGGUGAUUGCCAAGGAUGGCAAGGCCGGACAGCUGGUCAUUUUUGACGACAAGCCAUUGUACUGGCAAGCAUGGGAUGUGGAGGUCUUCCAUUUUGAGUCGAGGAAAGAAUUGCAUUCCGGAAAGAGCAGCAUCUCCGAGAAAGAUCCAUACCGUGCUAGCGUCGUCACUGAAACUAAGAUCAGUGAUAAGAGCUGGGUCAAGACUACCAUCAGUCUUGCCGCUGCUACGGAGGAUCAGCCGUCAUACGUGGAAUUUCACAGCGAGGUUGAGUGGAAGGAAGAUAUGAAAUUCCUCAAGGUUGAAUUCCCCGUUGACAUCACUAACACAGAGGCAUCCUAUGAGACUCAGUACGGAAUCAACAAGCGUCCAACUCACUACAACACGAGCUGGGACAUGGCCAAGUUCGAGGUUUGCUGUCACAAAUGGGCUGACUUGUCCGAGAACGGAUACGGCGUCUCCGUCCUGAACGAUUCGAAGUACGGUUUCGCAACCUGCGGCAAUCUGAUGCGCCUUUCUUUGCUCCGUGCACCGAAAGCACCCGAUGCUCACGCCGACAUGGGCCGCCACCACAUCCGCUAUGCCAUCCUACCGCAUGCCGGACCCCUUGAUGCUCGUAUCGUUCGGGCUGGGUACAAUUUCAACCACCCGCUGGUGCUUGAGCCGUCCGCUGGUCCGGAGAAUGCGAGUGUUUUCUCAUCGAUUUCUCUGGGUGGAUCACAAUCCCUCAUUCUCGACGCUGUCAAGCGUGGAGAAGACGAUGAGGACAUCUCUCGAGACAACUUGCCUCGCCGUGCAGGCAAAAGCAUCAUCCUCCGCAUCUACGAGUCUCUCGGCGGUAAAAGCCGAGGAACUAUCCGAACCAAAUUCCCCGUUAAAGAGAUCUGGAAGUGCAAUGUGCUUGAGGAUAACGAGGUCUCGCUGCCACUUUCGAAGAAGAGCGACUCCGUUGAAGUCGACAUCGAACUGAGGGCAUAUGAAGUAGCUACUUACCGCUUGCAGCUGUAAACUUGGUCCUUACCCAGCCUGCUACCUACUUAGUAUAUCGCAUAUAUAGCAGUAGUUCAUUUCUAGCAAAU